AUGUCAAACGAAAGAAAUAACUCUUCUCAAUAUCAAUCAUUCUCAUCUGAUUAUAUUCUUUUCCCAUAUGCUGUUCGAUUUUGGAUUAUCCUACCGUUCUAUAUUCUUUCAAUGACUUGUUCUCUCUUUGUUUUCUAUUGUUUAAUCGCUCGUCGAUCAUUCCGUCAAGCAGUUCAUAAUCAUAUCAUUGUAUCUCUUCUCUUUGUAAAUAUUCUUAUUCAAUUGACCCAUAUAUCAUCAGUGCUCAAUUAUUAUCGUCUUGGGCAUGUUUGGCCGGCGUCAACUUACUUCUGUAUGGUUUGGGUGAUAGCUGAUGAAGGUCUGCGCAUCACGACGACACAUCUUUUUGCUUGGGCUACCGUGGAACGACACAUUCUUGUCUUUCACGAUCGAUUAAUAUCAACAAAAAGGAGAUUGUUCCGAUUUCAUUAUUUACCUAUACUUAUCAUCCUCCUCUACUGUUUCUCUUACUGUAUCGUUGUAAUCAUAUUUCCACCGUGCGAAAAUACUUACGAUUUUACUCAAAUUGUAUGCGGCUCACCGCUUUGUUAUUAUGACAGAUAUUCAUUGGCUUUGUGGGAUGCUGUUUUUAAUGAUAUUAUUCCGACAUCGACGAUUUUAUUCUUCAGUAUUGCUCUUCUUAUGCGCUUUCUACAUAAGAAAAGUCGAAUGUGUCAACGGAUGCAAUGGCGACAUUAUCGUAAGAUGACAAUUCAGUUAUUAUCUAUAGCAAUGUUGUUUCUCGUUAUCUACAUUCCUCAUGUUCUCAUACAAUUGGUUGAGUUUUGUGGUGUUGUUGACAUGAUCAGCAAAACCUUACUGAUUUAUGCCGAGUUUUCUGUCUACUAUGGAAAUCUUCUUUUACCAUUCGCGUGUCUGAAUUCAGUGCCUGGAUUGAAGACAAAGUUGAAGAAGACAUUUUUAUGUUCGCCACAGCAGAAUCCAACUGUGCGACCUCACACUUAA